UUGCACAGGGAGCUUGACGCCAGAGGCCCUAGACCCACUUCCUCUGGGCUGUGGAUUGACUAUGGCCGGGCCAGUGCCCUUUCCCCACUAUGGAUAAGAGGCAGCCCUCACAGUCACAAUGCUCCCGGGUCACAGAGGCGCUGGGCCCUAGGCCAGCCUCUGCCUGAGAAAUUCCCUCUGGGAACGUCUUCUGGUGGGUACUACAGGCCUGAUUCCAGGCCCUAUGGCCUGUGGAACAGCACCACUGGGGGGAAGGCUGGGCCGGACAGAGUCAUCACCUGUGGUGCCGGCCCCAUGGAAGAGGUGGAGUGGACGCGAAGACCCAAGCCUGAGGAGCUAAGGGUUGGGCUCAUCAGCUGGGCAGGAUCCUACCUCACUUUUGAGGCAUAUAAGAACACGGUCACUGCUACUGCAAAGGGCUUGGGCCGGAGACAGACCUGGGAGAUCUUGGUGAGCAAUGAGCAUGACGCACAGGCCGUGGUCCGACUACGAGGCUUGCAAGGCCUUUACCUCCUGUGCGAGGCAGACGGCAGUCUAUGCUACGGCCGGCCCAGGACCAGCCACCACGGGUGCUUCCUCCUGCGUUUCCACCGCAAUGGCAAGUGGACCCUCCAGUGCAUAAUUAGUGGCCGUUACCUGGAGUCUGACGGUGAAGAUGUGUUCUGCAACUCCAGGGUCCUCUCAGCCUAUCACAUGUGGACCCCCCGUCCGGCCCUGCACGUCCACGUGAUCCUCUACAGCCCUGUGAGCCACUGCUACGCCCGGGCUGACCCCACUGUGGGCCGUGUCUGGGUGGAUGCGCCCGUUCCCUGCCUGGAGGAAUGUGGCUUCCUGUUGCAUUUCCAAGAUGGAUGCUACCACCUGGAGACAUCAACACACUUCUUCUUAUCCCACGUAGACCGGCUGGUCCCCCAACCCUCAGCACAGACAGCUUUUCACAUGCAGGUCCGGCCGGGAGGGCUCGUGGCCCUGAGCGACGGAGAAGGAGGCAUGCUGUACCCGCAGGGCACACGCCUGCUUCUGGGCCUGGGCUCCAAUCCCCACAGGGGUGAGGAGUGGUUCGUCCUACAGCGCUGUCCCACCUGGGUCAGCCUCAGGUCCAAGACUCGGAAGUUCCUCUCCAUCAUCUAUGAUGUCGAAGUGUGUGCUGCCUCUGAGCACAUAACCCCAAUGUCCUUGUUCCAGUUUGAAUGCGAUGAUGAGAGCCCCACCUUGCAGCUUCGUGCAGCCAAUGGCUGCUACCUAGCCCAGAGGCGCCACAGGACAGUGGUGGCUAAUGGGCACCCCAUGGAGCCUGAUACCUUCUUCCGAGUGCACUGGAAUUGUGGCAAGAUCAUCCUGCAGUCUCCCAAUGGACGCUUCUUGGGCAUCGUAGACAAUGGCCUGCUGAUGGCCAAUGCCACCAUCCCAGGCCCCAAUGAGGAAUUUGGGAUUCGAUUAGCUAACCGGCCCUUCCUUGUACUGCGAGGUCGUUACGGGUACGUGGGCACGUCCUCAGAGCAUGACCUCAUGAAGUGCAAUAUGGACCAGCCAGACUGCAUCCACCUGCUGCCUUGCCGCCAGGGCAUCUACCACUUCCAGGGGUGGAUCCUUCUGGUCAAUAACAUCCUUCGGCACCUUUCGUCCUUGGGGGAAGUUUGCUCUCAACUUCUGUAUAGAGCUUCACGGGAGCAACCUGCUCACGGUGCUGGCGCCCAAUGGCUUCUAUAUGCGAUCCGACCGAAGCGGCACCCUGUUGGCAGACAGCGAAGAGAUUACCAAAGAGUGUAUUUGGGAGUUUUAGGUCAAUGGGAUGCCACCUAUGGAAAUCCAAAUCCUCCAGGAGAAACUACUGCACUAAACACAACAGGAACCCCAGAGUCAAGAUCCAUGAGAAUAUCUGUUACACAACUUUCCCUACCCAGUUUAGCAAAACACCUGUUUCGAGCAACAAUACACAAAAGGCCACCCCCAAGAGCCCUUGUGUGCAUCUGACUCAGUAAAGAAUAA